AUAAUCAAGAUGGCGGCUGCAUCAGAAGCGAUCUGCCACAGUGAUCCUAACUUCGCCGUUAUUUGCUCGUUUCUCGACAAAUAUGGCGAGAGAUUGGGACUUGCAGAGACUUCUCAUGUAGAUCUGCAGAAUUGGAUUGAAGACACAAAGCAUGUGUCAUCGUUCCUCAUAGAUAUUCAUGUGCGGCUGCUGAGACGUGUUGGAAAGGGUUCUGUCUCAACAGAAAAGUGGGAGCGAUAUGUUGUCAAGUACUGUUACACCUAUUCAGAAAUUGAUGCAUGGGAGGUGGAAAGAUUUGGCUACAAACAUUCCAAAACAUCAACCAAACUGAAAAUUCUUAAGAACUUAUUAGAGAACCAGUUUGACUACAAUACAAAGUUCAAAGAGAAGGUAAAUGAAGAGGAACCAGUUGCUAUGAGAUUCCAGCCAAUAGGCAGGGAUAAAAAUGGACUGGCCUACUGGUACAUACUUGAUAAAGAACAGAACCUGAUGGUGUAUCGUGAGGAUCAGGACGAUGUUGAUGCAGAGACAUGGGAAAUAGUGUGCAGAAAUAGAACAGAGCUUGCAGUCUUGAUAGGGAACCUAGAGAGCAGUAUUGGCCUGAAGACUCCAGAGGAAGAUAAUACAACCAACUCUGGAGACAGUGUAAAAAGUGAAGACAAAUCCAACAUAAAAUCAGAAACAUCAGAGGAUUCCCUGGACUCAAACCCACCUAUUAAAAAGGAGCCAGACAAACAGGCAGAGAAUGAACGUUCACCAAAGGUCAAAUCUGAAUCGGAGGAUGAAGUGGAUGGUGUCGUAGUUAAAAAAGAGGAUAAAACAUCACAGAAAGAAGCAUCCUCUACACAAAUAAAAAAGGAAGCUAACACAGAGGAGGGUGUUAUUGAAGUGAAGAAGGAAAAAGUUGAGGAAAAAGAAGGAAGUCAUGAAAUCUUGAAGGGAAAAGAGAAAAAUAGUGAAAAAGGUAUUGAAGUGGAUGAUAAACUUCAGCAAAGUACAGAAAAAUCCUCUAUAUCAGAUGUUUCCAAAGGAGGUGAUGACAAGGAAGAAAAGGAAGAAGAGACGAUGAAAAUUGAUAAUGCAACAUUGGAGGAUGAAGAUAAAAUCAAGGGAGAUAAGUCUGUCAAUGAUAAAAUAAAGAAAUCAAACAGGAAGACAGAAAGUAAAGACAGAAGUACUAAAACAGAAAAGGAAGAACAAGAUAAGACUGAUAUGAAAGAAAAGGAAGGUUCAGUUGAGGAUCAAACACCCAAAUCUGGUGAAUCAAAUGAAAAUACAAAACCAAACGAACUUGAAACUGGUGUUAAACAACGGGAUAGUCCAUGUGAAACAAGUGAAAUUAAAGACAAGUCAGAAACAGAGCUACCAGAGAACAUUAAUAAAGAUAGCAAAAGUGAAACCAAACUAGAUCUGAAUAAAGAAAAGAAAACUGGGGUAGACAAAGAAAAAAGUGAGACAAUUGACAAUGAAUCUGGUGAUAACAACACUGAAGGAAAUUUACAAUCUAAGAAAAGUAAAAACAAUGAUGAACAAAAGUCUGAUCCAAAAUGUGAAACAGAAAGUACAGAUAGCCACAGAAAAGACAAGUCAGAGAAAGACUGUGAUAGUACGGGAAAAGAAUUAAUAAAAACUGAUGAAAUUAAAGAUGGAAAGAGUGAAAACAAGUCAGAAAAAGAUAAAAAGGGGGAGAAGGAAGAAAAGAGAAAGAAAAGUGAUGACAAAAAAUCUCCAUUAACAGUAAAAACUGGAGAAUCUCAUAGUAAGGAAGAUAAUAUCGAAAGUAAGUCGAGCAGUGAUGAUGUGCCAAAGCGUUCUGACAAUAAAUUAACAACAGGAUCAGUUGAUGGUGAUGAACAAUCCAAACAAACUAGUGAUAAAGAACCUACAGAUUCCAACAAUCAGAAAAAGGAAAUUAAGUCUAAUGAAAGUAAACAGAUUGAAGAAAGUGGGAAACCAGAGAAAGGGCAAGACAGUACACAGAGUGAAGAUGUUGAGAACAUGCCACAAAAGGAUGUGGCAUCUGAGGAAAAGCCACCAUCUCCUAAACACUCACAUGUGGUAGAGACCAGUGAUUGUAAAGGACCGAUAAAAGAUUCUAUAGAGGAGAAAGGUGUGAAAGAACCCGAGGAAGAAAUGACUGAUAUAAAAGAGGAUGAGACAUGCAAGGAAAAGGAGAAUAGUGAAGAAAAAAUAGAUAAUAUUGAAGAUAGUACUGGAAUAUUACGAAGGAGUUCAAGAUCAAGAAAAUCAGUACCCCUUCCUCAAGCUCCUCUGCCUGUUGUAAGAAAAGUAGCACCGAAAUCCAAUAAGAGUAAGGCUAAAAAUGAUGAUAAGAUAGAAUCCAAAGACAAGAACAAGGAAGAAAAUGAAGAUGAAAGAGAGGAUGAAAACAACACAACAAAUACAUCUGACAUUGUAAAGGAGGCAAAGCAUGAUAAAGAGGAGGAGGAAAAGCUUAAUGGAGAUGUAUCACUGGACGAGGAAGAGAUUUUAACAAAGACUGCUAAAAGUCCGGAUAAAUCACGCAAGCGACAACUACAACUUGAGGACUCUGUUGAUACGUCGUCCGCUGAGCCAGACUCCAAGAAGUUAAAAGGAGGUAAAAAAGCUGCAGCAAAGGGCAAGUCCAAAAAGAGGGUACCAGCUAGAGUCAUAGCCACAUCCUCCUCCUCUCAGGAAGAGAGUGUGGACAGUGACGAUGUUCCCCUGAGUAAGGUAAAUCGGAGUGGAGGAAGGACAGCACGAGGAAAGGGCAAAGGAAACGGACGUGGCAGACAGGUGGAAGUUACACCUACCAGGAAAAGUUCUCGACCAGUCAAGAAAAAGAAAUUUGAAAGUGAUGAAGAAGACUGCACUCCUAAAGCAACACCAAAGGGGAAAAAGAAUGUGACUCCCAAAUCUACCCCCACCGCAGCCCCCACCCCAGCCCCCACCCCAGCCCCCAAGGUUGAACCUCCAUCUUCAUCCUCUACUACAGAGCUGGAUGAGGAGGAUCUAUCGGGAAGGAGGAGAAGUGUCCGGGUCAGAAAAAUGGCCAAGAAGAAAAAGAAGUUACUGGUGUUUGAAGUAUCGACUGAUGAAGAGCUGAUAAAAGAGGAAGCAAAUGAUAGUAGUGAAUUCCAGAUUGAGUCGGAGUUUGAUUCUGACGAGGAUUUCAAAAUCCAAAAGGGGAGAAAUGCACGAAGGCAAGCAGCCAUAAAGGCAGUGGAAGAAGAAAAGAAGCGCGUUGUACCAGAUGACACACCGUGCUGCAAGUGCCUUAAGUACAACCAACCCGAGUGGAUACUGUUGUGUGAUAAAUGCGAUGCUGGGUAUCAUACCGCCUGUCUGCGACCACCACUGAUGAUAAUACCCGACGGCGAGUGGUUUUGUCCACCCUGCGAACAUAAAAUGCUGGUAGAACGUCUGCUUGCUAACCUGAAAGAGCUUGAUAUUGCCCUGAAGAAAAAGGACAGAUUAACCAAAAGGAAGGAAAGGCUGGCCUAUGUUGGAAUUAGUCUGGACAAUAUCCUGAAUGAGGAACUAAAGGAGAACAUUGAGCCUGAAGAAGAGAGUGAAAGCAGUGAUGAAGGAGUACGACCAGAGCGAUACAGAAAGGCCCACCACCACCAUAAACAUCAUCACAAGCAUCAUAAAGAAAAGUCCAAACCGUCAUUUGCCACACGUUCCUGUCGCUCGCGUAACAAGACCAGCUACAAGUUUGAAGACUAUGAUGAAAUGAUCAACACUGCAAUACAACAAGAGGUAGAGAAAGCCUGGACAGAAGCUAAACCUGGCCGAAGUAGAGGUAAAGAUAUGUCUAAUAUCCUGGGGAUGGAGGAUACAGAGGAGGAGGAGGAGGAAGAGGAUGGGGAGGAGGAGGAGGAAGAAGAGGAGGCGGAGGAUGGUAAACCAGCUGGAGUGUCCAGGAAGAAAAAAAAGAAGAAGAGGAAGGGCCGCAGUCUGACAGCUCUCGAUAGCGGCAGUAACCCAGAGGAUGAUAGUGAGGAGUAUCAGCUGUCAGAUGGGUCAGCAUCAGAGAUUCAGGAGGAGGUAGAGGAGGAUGAUGAUGACGAGGAGAGUGAUUAUAGUGCUGAUGGUGAGGAAUGGCGCACAUCCCGGUCUCGAAGGGCUUCAACGCGACGGAGUGGCCGACGUAAAAGACGGGGCAACAGAUUUGAUGAUUUUGUUGUAGACGAAGAAUACGAUAGUGAUGACAGUGCUCUGUGCCGGCGUUCGACAAGAGCUCGUGCUCGGAGGAAAGUCAGCUAUCGAGAGGCUCGCUCAGAGGAGGAGGAAGAGGAAGAGGAGGAGGAAGAAGAGGAAGAGUCCAUGGAUAGUGCAGAUCUUUGUUCAGAUGAAAGUGGCCCCACUAGUUGUAAAAAAUCACGUACAGCAUUUGAUGAAAAGCUGAAAAAACUGAAACACAAAAAUAAAUCAAAGCAAGAGUCAAAAAGGCGACGUGUGAUACGGUCAGAUGAUAGUAGUGAUGAAAAUGAGUCUGAUGAUAAAUCUGAUCAGAAAUCAAAUUCUAAAUCAGAGGAAAGUGAAGAAGAUGGUGAAAGUGGGGAGGAUGAAGAGGAGUCGGAAUCUGAAAGUGACAGAAAACCAAACAUUAUCAAGAAAUCUCGUAAAAGACAGCAUUAUAAAUCUAGUAGCGAGUCCGAAUCAUCUUCAGAUAGCUCUCUUGUCAGGAGAUCAAGACGCAAAGCUGCCCAAAAAGUCAAUUUCACAAGUCUUUUGAAUUUCGAUUCUGAUGACUCUGCUGUAUCUAAAAAAAGUGAAAAAGAGGAAGAGAAGAAGGAAGUGCAUGGCAGUGCCAAAAAGAAAAAGACUGUGAUACAGGAAGAUUCAUCAGGGACAGAGGAUUACGAGGAGGACAAUGUCAAGGAAAAGAAGGAAGAGGAAGGUGAUGUUAAAGAGAGUAAGGCUGAUGUGCCUCUCAAAGGUGGUGAUUCUAAAAAACAGGAACCUCCUGCAGGGGCAGAUAACUCUGAUGGAAGCAUGCCCCCUGGUAUUAUGGACAGGAGAAUGAGUUCAGGCAGCACAGGAGGGUCAGAAUCUCAGAUGAGUGGACCACAGUUCCCACCACCUCCACCCUAUGAUGACUCAAGUCGGGAUCAUUUUUCGGAUGGCUCCACAGGGGGGCCUUCUCAUCCUGUCAGACAUCCAAAACCGCAGUACAGUAAUGGCUCUCGACCUAUGGGUCCAGGAAACUUCCCAGGGCAGUCACCUCCUCCAUACAGCUCCCCACCUCAUGGACAGUACAUGUCCCCACCUCCCCAGGGCUAUUACCCUCAACACCAAGGCUACCCACAGAUGUACCAGGGUAAUGCUUAUAAUCCUCCAGGACAUCCCAUGCAUCGACCAAUGGGGCCUAUGCCAGGUCAGGGUAUGCCUCAUCAGGGUCAAAUGCCAACACAAGGAAUGCCACACCAAGGUCAAAUGCCACCACAGAAUAUGAAGUCUCAAGGUCAAAUGCCACCGCACAGCAUGGCACACCAAAGUCAAAUGCCACCUCAGGGCAUGCCACACCAAGGUCAGAUACCCCCACAAAGCAUGCCACAUCAAGUUCAAAUGCCACCACAGGGCAUGACACAUCAAGGUCAGAUCCCAUCACAGGGAAUGUCACACCAAGGACAGAGGACUCCCCAAGACCUGCCUCAUCCAGGGCACAUGCAACAUCAAGGGCAAAUGCCAACACAAGGUUCACCACAUCAGAGUCAGAUGCGACCUCAAGGAGUACCUCACCAAGGGCAAAUGCCUCCACAGAGACCUCCACACCAAGGUCAGAUGCCACGCCAAGGUAUGCCCCAUCCGGGUCAGAUGUCAUCACAAGGAAUGCCAAGACCUGGUCAGAUGCCUCCACAAGGAAUGUCGCAUCCAGGUCAGAUGCCACCCCAGAGAAUGCCACAUCCAAAUCAAAUGGCACAACAGGGAAUGCUACAUCCAGGGCAGAUGCCACAAAGAAUGUCGCAAUCUGGUCAGAUGCCACGUGCAGGAAAUAUUCCACUUUCCCAAGGGCCUAAACCUCGCAUGUUAAAUCAGCCGGGUUUAGGUGACAAUGCCAACAUUAGUCCUUAUCCUAAUCCAGGAAGUCAGCCAGUCAACAUGACUGGUCCACAUGGACCUCCUGGGGCCAUUCCACCUGGUCGUUCUAUGGCUUCUAUGUCCACCCCACAAGGACCUCCUGUGCCAUCAAACCACCACCUAAUGUCUAAUCACAGCUCCACAGGAAUGCCUGGUCCUCCUGGUCCACCUCCACUGAGACCGAGUCUGACUACAUCCCAACAUGCUUUUAAAGCUGGUCUGCAGUCAUCUCCCAUGGGAUCUAGUCCGAGUACUGCACCUGCCCAACCACCUCCCUUAGUUUCAGGUACGAGUAAAAAGGGGAAAAAUAAGGGGAAAACUAAAAAGGCCAAGUCGGUUUCCAUGGGACCAAAUAGUACCACACCUAAAAGUCCACCAGUAGGCUCAAGUGCAGGUCCACUUCCCAUGUCACAUCCUUUAUUGAAGAAUGAACCUAUGCCAAAUACACAAAGUUCUGAAGCAAUGACUCCAUGUAGCACACAAGAACCCAAGAUAUCUAGCCCAGAUCAUCCUUGUGAUAAAGUUUCUACUCCGAUCCCAGUACCGCAGAAUCAAGGCCCUCCAAAGUCAUCCCAAGGCCCCCUAUCACCUACAGAGACCCCCAUUGUGUCUGCUGCUGGUCAAGCACCCCAUAUUUCACAGACGCCACCAGGAGCAAUACCAGUCGACCAUGGUACCUCAGUUCCCCCAUCAACAAGUGACAGCCAAAUCUAUCAGAACCAAGGGCCUCCUUUUCCAAACCAAGGCCGCAGGUCACCAAAUGAAAACCUGUCUUUGUCAAAGCAAGACUCAAUAUCCCCAAAACAUGGCUCUCAAGUACCAAGCGAAGACCCAUUGUCCCCUAAUCGUGGGCCUCCAGUGUCUAGUAAAGGGCCAAUGUCUCCAAACCAUUGCCCUGUGUCAAGUCCAGGCCCAAUUUCCCCAGACUUCUGUCCUGUAUCAAGUCAAGGACCAAUGCCCUCAAAACAGGGUCCUACAUCAGCCAAAGAUUCAUUGUCAUCAAACUAUGGUCCAACAUCACCUAAGGGUCAGAUGCCUAAAAAUCAAGUUCUGCCAGUAUCAUCUGAUGGUUCUGUACCUCAAAACCAGGGUCCGCAAACAUCCUCCCAUGAACCUAAUCCCCAAAACAAGGAACCCUCAACCUCCACAAAUGUUCCAGAGCCCCCAAACAAAAGUCCUGCAAUUUCAGCUGAAGGGCACAUGGCCAUAAAGCAAGAAAACACAGAUCAUGGCCCUAUGACCUCCAACCAGGGUCCCUCAGUGCCAGCCCAAGGCCCAAUGCCCCCAAACCAAAGUCCCCCAAUGUGUUCCAAAGGCCCAAUGCCUCCAACCCAGGGUCCUGCAAUGUCUGCCAAAGGCCCAAUGCCCCCAAACCAAAGUCCCCCAAUGUCUGCCCAAGGCCCAAUGCCCCCUAGCCAGGGUCCUCCAAUGUCUGCCCAAGGCCCAAUGCCUCCAACCCAGGGUCCUGCAAUGUCUGCCAAUGGGUCAAUGCCCCCAACCCAGGGUCCUGCAAUGUCUGCCCAUGGGGCAAUGCCACAAAACCAGGGUCCCCCAGUGUCUGCCCAAGGCCUAAUGCCACCAAACCAGGGUCCCCCAAUGUCUGCCCAUGGAGCAAUGCCACAAAACCAGGGUCCCCCAGUGUCUGCCCAAGGCCUAAUGUCACCAAACCAGGGUCCCCCAAUGUCUGCCCAUGGCCCAAUGCCCCAAAACCAGGGUCCCCAAAUGUCUGUUCAUGGUCCGAUGCCCCCAAUACAAGGCCCUCCAAUGUCUGCUCAUGGGCCAAUUCCACCAAACCAGGGUCCCUCAAUGCCUGCCCGUGGCCAGAUGCUCCCAAAUCAAGGUCCCCAAAUGUCUGCCCAUGGCCCAAUGCCCCCAAACCAGGAACCCCCAAUGUCUGCACAUGGUCCUAUGCCCCCAAAUCAAGGUCCACCAGGUCAGAUGCCCCCAGGCCAGAGUUCUCCUAUUAUGAGCCCCAAAAGUCAGCGAGUUCCCAUGCCUCCUCAGGGGGCACCCCAUCCUAGGUCAGGUGCUCCCUUCUCUCCUGGUAUGUACCCAGGACCUCCCAUGGGUAACUUUCCUCCAGGAUAUCCUGGACCUUAUGGCUCACCUCCUCACAUGCCACCAAUGCGUCCCAUGGCUCAAAAUCAGGCUAGAUUCAGUUCCCAUUCUGGAACUGAACUUCCUGAACCGGCUAAACCUGCGAAAGGUAAAAAGGGGAAAGGAAAAAAGAAAAGUGGGACUAAAACUGCAGCAAACCAACAAAACCCAGCAUCCUUUCCAUCGGGAAUGCAUCCCGGGCAGAUGGGUCCCCACCAGGCUCCCGUAGGGAUAUAUCCAUACCCAGGUGGGCCUGGGGGUCCUGAGGGACAUAUGGGAGCUCCUAGACAAUACGGCCCCUACCCAGGUCAGUACUACGGGCCCCAGUAUGGUCCUGGUGAUAGACAUCCUCAUCCAGGAAUGCCCCCAAGGGGCUACCCUUAUGGUGCUAAUGGAACUGGUCCCCCUCCCAUGGGCCACACACCAAAUGGAGGCAGUGGGGGAGGUGGCUUCAUGAUUGACAAGCUGUUAGAGAAGGAACCUAAGAAACAAAUGGGAAAUUUAACAGAGCUGGAUCCUAGUGGUGGCGGUGGUGGGAGACCUAUGCCUCCGCAAUGUGGGCGCCCAGACUACACAAGUUAUACUGCCGAACCAGAGGACGAGGACAGUAUGUCAGACAUUGCUGAUAUUGUAAAGUAUGUUACAAAUGACGAGUUCUUCAAGGAGAAAGAGUAACGUAAUAGCAUUGAGAACAUUUCGAGCCUGUGUCUGACUAGGUAACAUUACCAAAGAUUACUUUAUCCAUGUGGAAUGUUUAGUGUGGGCAUGGCAAUAAUAGAACAGUUCUCUUGAUUGUGUUGGAGGUUCUUUGUGAAGAGACAAUGAUUUCCAUGCAGACAUGGUAUACAAUGUGACAUUUAUAUCAGCAUGCUUUGAGGUCUCCCAUCAAAUAUGUAUUUCAAUCUUUAAAAUGUAAAUAUUAUAGCCAUUGAACGUUUUCAUUGUCAAUAUGAAUGCAAUCUGGUUGACAUUAAUAAUGGACAUCAUUUUAAUUGUCAUCCAAAUUGCAUUCAUAUACACAAAUAUUAUUCUAUGACCUCUCAAUGAUAAAGUAUGUAUGUAGUUGUAAUGUCAUAAUCCACCUUAUUGAGAUGUAAUGAAGAACGAUCCUUGUAAAUUGAAGUUACACUAUUUUUUGUUCAGCAGGUAUUCUUUUUAUUUUUUUUCAGUAUGCAUGGCACAUGGCAUGCUUGUAAAAGUGAAGAACAAAAUGUGAUAAUUCACCAAAAACAUAGGUACAUAAUUAACCUGGACUUAAUUUUAUUGACAGAAAUCAAUUCUCAUCAAAAUUUAUAUGGAGAUGAAGGGGUAUCAAACUGACUGAAUGUUUACCUGAGGACAGACCUGUAAUACAAUGUACCUUACAAUGUACCUGUUUACCUGAGGACCUGUAAUACAGGUUGGAACAAUUAAAAUCUUUUUAAAACUUUUGAUAGCAUAAACAUUUUCAGGGAUAGAUCUAUGUUUUUGGUGAGAAUUCUUGUUUUAUAUUCAUGUAAAAACUCUUUAUCAUGUCAUUUGAAUGUUUAAAAUUCCUCAUUUGAUGUCCAGACUAACAAUUAUUUUCUCCCCUUGAUUUAAAGAGUUUAAUGUGUUACCUUAAUAGUUGCUUAUUUGACUUCAAUUAAUUGUUGAAGAUUUUGCUACCUCCUUCCAUCACAAAUAUACUUUGUGCCAUAUCUUUUCAUUCUCAUUCAACAUCCCAUCAUUUCAUAUAAUUUACAUGAAAAAGUACUACAAUAUUUUUAUCGUCCUUGAUUACAAAGUUUUAUAACGUUGGCCUGUUUCCCAUUUAAUCUUCACCUGAAGAGAUUCAUAUAUGUGUACAAAAUUAUGUCAUUUGACCAUGGAUUGACCCCUUGAACCCCAGAUCUCCAGUAAAUCCAUGAAAAUACCGAAACCCCUUAUAACAAUUAUUGGUACAUAAUCCUGAAUGUAAAACAUGGUAUUUUGUGAAGAAAUACUUAAAUAAAAUCUAUGUUGUUUAUAACAAUAUAUAACGAACAUUUAUUUUUCCAUGCUCAUGAAAAUGACCAAAAGAAACAUACUUACAUUUGUUGACACACACACACACAAAAUUAUAAUUAAAAUAUUUAAGAUUAAUUGUUUAUGAGAUAUACUGAAAUCAAGAUACAGUAUGAAGGUUUGUUCUAUCAAGCUAUAAGAUGAUUAGGUAAUUCUCAUAUUACAUCAUUAGAUCGUUCAUUAGGGGCUUCCAGACUGGCUGUAUCACAGCGGUGCCAAACGUCUUAGUAUUUAACCUUUAACCUCUCUCAGUCGUUGUUGACAUUUCACCCUGCCGUUUUUAACCAUUCCAUUACAAGUUUUCACCCACUCACUCUCUUGAAACAAUGUUUUCUAUAAUAUGUCGCUAACAAGAUUCUGCUCAGGACUGGAUCCCCCACAUCAUAGAAUUAACUAUUGUAAAGUAUUUCUAAUCCUUAGUAUUGUCGUCCCGGGGUGGGGGUUGUACAUCAGGUAAGUGUACGUUAGGGGGUACAGUCCUGCCCUUGAAAGCGUUGUUGUGCUGAUUCUCCUAAGCUAUGUUUUUACACCAUUUGUUACCAUUGUUGCUUUAUUUGUUAGUGGUCAGUUAUAUAUAACUUUUAUAUAUUAAAUAACCUGGUAUUCCAAAGCACUUGUAAAGGGAAUCUGGUAUUCCACAUAUGAUUUUAUUGGGAAUCCAUGUCUCGCACUUUUCUUCCUAAAUAAACUCGGAAGAAUCACCCAUCACAUAUAUUGUCAUUAGAAGAUAUCAUGAAUGUUAUUCUUUAUAUUCAAUAUUACGUCCAUUUUCUCUGUUGUUAUGUGUUAAAAUCAUAGAUAGUAUACUAGUUAUAUCCCCUUUAGUGAGUUGUCUGCCCUUGUGUAAGUAUUUUAUAAUUGUAUUCCUAUAUGUUAAUUUAUUUACCAUAAAAAUGUAUUAGAAAUUAGCAUUUUCCAUAAGAGUAUUGUACAUUUAUUGGAUUCUUGUCUAAAAUUGUUGAUCAAUGUCACUGCUAGGAUAUUUUGUGAAUGGAAUAUAUUUCUAUAGAAAGGGACACAAAAUAUUAAUGAUACUGUAUUAACAGUCAUUUGCAUAGCCACCUUGAGUGUCCAUUUGUACAUUGUUGAUAUUUUAGUGUUUAUUUUGUUCGACUCCAUUGCCUCUAUAUUAAAGCUUGGAGUUUUAACCUACUUGGACAAAAGUAGAGCUAUUAGAUCUGAGCCUGAUUAAUGUACCUUUAAGGUCCGUUAAAGUUGACCUAUGAAGUCAAACUGGUUGUAUUUGUUAAUCAUCAAGCUGUAUAUAUGGUAAUUAUGAAAGGGGUGCAAGUUCAUUCUAGUAGAUAAUUCAUUAUUACAUCAUGUAGGUAUAUUUGUAUGGGAACUGCUGAAUUGAUCGUUAAUGUCCAGAUAUUCCAGGUUCGGAUAUAAAUCUGCAUCCCAAUCAUCUGUUACCAACCUUAAAAAAGGUUUUACACUAUUUAGAUGCAGAUGUCUUGAACAUUUGUCAAUAUUCGGCAGAUUACGUACCUGAACCCAUGUUACCGGAAUCAGCCGAGGUUAGCCGAAGUUAGCUGAUCGUCUAGUGCGUUUACAUAUCAGUAUGCAUGUAAUCGUUCCCUGUGUUGUGUAUUCUAUAAUCAUGUAGGUGUACAGUUAAACAUGAGAGACUGAAGCUGAUAGAGUGUGUAGCUAUUAAAACAAUGUACACAUGUGCACAUUAAAGUUGUGUGUAUGUUUUCAUGCUUGUUUUAUGAGAGAAAUGUUGUAAAUAGGAUUUUUAUGAAGUAGGUUCAUUCAAAAGUAUUGUAUAAUAUGUGUAAUGAAACUAGUUGUUUUAUUAAAAGCAUGCUUAAUCACAUCUUGCAAUGUUGACUAGACAGAUAAUAGUACCUAUACCAAUAGCUCCUCGUUUUCUUACCUACUGUUUUUGUAACAAAAAUACUAAACUAGAUAUGUUUGUUGAGAAACAUUUUCGUCAAUUUUCAGCUUUAUUGAAGUUAAUUUUAAAAGUGAACCUUGAUCUCAUGUACUCUUCACUGAAACAGAGAAUCUGACAGAAAACCUGAGACCGAUUUGCAUUCUUGGUGAUAUUGAAGCUUGGAUCUAUUUUGGUCUCGUAAUUUGUUCAAGCUGUACAAGUUUUAAACCAAAAUGUUAUACAGUAUAUACAAAGGUAGUAAAUGUCUGUUCAGAAAAAAUCUAGAUACAACCUUUGCCAUGUGGGUUGUGUCAUAUUGUUAAUGGCAAUAUAUCGGUUAACUCCGUAAAAUAUCGGAACCAAACCGAGUCUUAACGUAAUUAGCCGAGAUGUUAAAAUUAGGCAUGCUCUACGCAAUUUUGACCACCAUUUACAUAAUGAUGGAUGAUAUUUGCAAAUAGUAUCUUUUUUAUUCUUGUAUGUUAGGGUUGUAAAUGAAAUUUUGAGAGAAUGUUAAGAAAUUGUCCGUAUGUUUUCAUCAAUUUUACACAUUUCGUUUAUAUUUAUCAUUGUAUGUAUUUGUAUAAAAUGCUUAUAUCUUUUUGUGGGUAUGAUCAAAGUUUGUUGAAAUAUAGCAAAGAGGGAAAAGAAAUACGUGUGUGUGUGUGCGCGAUUGUUGGUGUAAUGAAGAUGAACAGAGUGUGUGAUUUGCGGACAGCAGCCAUCGUAAUAAUUGUAUAUAUACUCUCUGUCGGCAUAUGAUGAAGAGAAAUAGCCAUGUUUUGUAGCGUAAUGGUAUAUAUGAAGCCUGUGUGGUAUACCCUGUAUGAGUGUGUGGUGCCAGUGCAUGCCUGACGGGGCCAGAGUGCUGUGAAUGUGAGUAGAGCGGCAUACAAUGUCACAAGUAAGUGUUGUGUACCGAUACCAGUCCAUUGUCGGGUGUCGGAAAACGUGGACAUUACUACCUGUCUACAUACAAAAGAUUUCAAAUUAAAAUAAUUAGAGGUCUUAUAUA